AUGUCUAUUGCAUGCAUUCUUUUCAAUUUUCUCUUUUUUUCCUGGCUUUUAUCUUCUACAACUCUGCCCAAGGUUGCAGCAGCAGCAGCAGCUGCUGCUGAUGCUGCUACCGGUGGCUUUGAGGCUUUAAACGAAGAAGAAAUAACAAAAGAAAUAUCUUUCGCUGGGUACCCUCGUGUCUCAUAUUGUUCUGAGGCGCCUGGACUGCCUUCUCCUUUUGAACUUAAUCAGUUGGGGUCUCACCCCGUCACGCCUUUGAAUUUUUCUCUCUUCGGCAUGUGCCCGGGAGAGACGAGGUAA